CUUGGCCAUUCUACAGGCCGUGUUAGAGUACACUCCUGCAUCUUAUUUCUCCACUGUCCCUCAUGAAAUAUCUCCUCUCCUUAGGGCGGAUUUGUCCUCUGACUCUCUUUAGAGAGUCGCCGAUUCAUCUAACUAGGAGAUUGAGUAUUGUUUUUCAUGGAACGGCAUCACCCCUCCGCAAUUUGCAUUUCAUGAACAAAGACGAGCGAGCAUGAAACUCAUGACUUUUUUAUCAUCAUCAGCUGAGAAACCGCGAUGCAAAAGUGUUGAAAUAUUCUCUCGCAAAAUAAAUCAACAGAAAAAUAUAUAUAUUUUCUGAAAUUCUAAAUUUUUUUGUAUUAUUUAUCACAAAAAUUCAAUUGAGGAUUUAAUUAUUAGCAAAGCACAAUUACCGUGAAUUUAAGGAUCAAUCUACGUAUGUAAAAGUUUAGCUAACUUUAUAAGCAAUUCGCAAAAUGUAAAUACAAAAUAUGAAAUAUGUAAAACCCAGUAAACAUGUCAAUUUCGCGACGAGUUUGUUUAUUUUGUCGUAAAAAUAGCUGUCAAUUUAUUGACGAGUGCAAUUGUUCGUCACGUUAUGCUCCAUUGUUUCUAACUUAUCUCAAAACAAUUAAUGUCAAUUGUUGUGCGGAUAAUAAUUUUCCCCGUGAAGAAUUUCAUCCUUGUACCGAAUGUGGUUCUCUACUUGGAAUGAUUACCGAACUUGUGCAAAAAUUGGGACAAGAAUUGCAAAAAAUUUACAAUGUGACGUUCGAAAAUUUAAAUGAGGACGUGGGACUUAGGAUUAGCGAGGAGAGGAAUGAACGCCUGGAUAACUUAAGAAGACAAAUUGUCGCAGAUAAAAUGGAAAUUAAAGGUUUCGUGGCGGUCAGACUUAAGGAAGAAGAAGAUGACCCUGACCUCAAUCCCCCGUCUUACCUUAAUGCCCCCUUUGACAUUAUCACCGCUGAGGACGAGGUCACCGUUAAAAUGGAAAUUGAAGAAGGCGAAGUCAAAGUUGAAAUUGGGGACGAAUUUAUUUUGCCACAUUUCGGUCAAGAUUCGCUCGACGACCGUCUCAUCGAGAGGAAUUAUCUUGUGGGGGAGGACGAAGUCGAUCCCUUGGGACUCCGUCCCCCCAAACGGUUCCGAUUGUCAUCUGAAGAAGAACACCCACCAUUUGGUGACAUCUCAACAACUGAAUUAAAGCCAGUUAACGAGGACUCGUCGCCAAAUGAAAUCGGACCGAAAAACGAGCCCCCCUUGGGGAACGAAACGCUCUAUCCCGUGAACGUGACAUCCGAGUUGAAAUGUGACUAUUGUAGCGUUACAACAGGUUCUUUGGCCUUUAUGACGCGUCAUUUACACAGUGAACAUUUAGGGCUUAUCUUCCCAUGCCACCAACCCGGCUGCACUGCCCGGUUUGCGAAUCGUGACCUCUUACGCUUACACAGAUCGGGGAACCAUUGUCUUAUAAAGUGUGACAAUUGCGAGCUCACUUUCACCUCGGCCGAAUCCCUGACCCAGCACAAAUUAGAGUUUCACCAAAAAUGUGGAAUCUGUGGGUUGGCAUUUCUCCGAUCCAAUUUCCCUUACCACGUCGGGAAAUGCCGAGAAGCUAACGAAAAAAGUGCUCAGAAAGCCGGAAGCAUGGACCAGGAGUUGGCUCGCGUCACGAAGCACAUCCCUCCGACAGGAGCGGUCACGUCUGACUGCGCGGAAGCCAGAGUACAGAAUCGUCGCAAUCAUGAAGGUCGCCUCCUCUUCCAAUGCCAACAUUCAGGUUGCACUGCCCGGUUUGAGUCUCAUGACCUUUUACGCUCUCAUAUCGCGGCGGGGAACCAUCGAAAGUGCCCCCAGUGCUGCAUCGCUUUCACCUCGGCCGAAUUCCUGGACCAGCACAAAGUUAAAUUUCACAAGACUUGCGGCAUUUGUGGGGGCGACUUUCCAAAAUCCAAGUUUCCUCACCACGUCCACAAAUGCAUGGAAAUUAACGUCAAGAAAGCUGGAUCCGGGGACCUCGAGUCGGCCACGAAACACGUCUCUAACAAGGGCGUCGUCACGUAUGACUGUACCCGAUGCAAUGUCAGGAAGCUGCCGGAGUGGGAUUUUUUGCUACAUAUUGGUUUCCAACAUGAGGAAACCUAGCGCUUUAAGUGUCCAAAUGUCACGUGCGAAAGGGUCUUCUCGUCCAAAAUGGCGCUGAGCGUUCAUUGCCUGGAGAUGCAUACCAUCCCCGGCGGGAAACUUUGCGAACGAUGCGUGAUCAUCUUCCCUUCCCAGGAGGCACUAGAUUACCACGUGCGGCAAGGGCACAAGCCUGUCGGACACGUGACUUCGAAUUGCAGUGAAAUUGGAAAUUGGACUACGGAAAAAAUUGGAUGAAAAUGAUACAAAUUUAGAGCCUCUUCCGAUUCACAAGUGUAAAUUCUGUGGUAAAAAUUUGUUGGGAACUUCGUACGUGGUUUCCGAACACACGAAAUCAGGUGUCGACCUGAGGUGGAAUCGUGGGGGAAAUAAAUUAAUGAGGGGUGUUCAGCAGAUAAAUAAUUUUACAGGGAGUGACGACGCCUUUGAUAAUAUGUGUAUUUUCAUAAAUAUUUUUGAAGAAGAGUUAUGUAUAAAGGUUUUUUGCCAUGAAAAUUUUGCUGUUGCUCGGAUCAUUUUAAACUUUUGCCCUGGAGAUGUGAAAUUUUGCAUGUACAUAGACUUAAGGCGAAAUUAGAAAUAUGUAGGCUUAAAAAAUCUAACUCAACCUCAAUUGGAACCCUUUAACAGACCGUUGUUAUCAGCUUAAUCCGUAAUAUUUAUAAUUGAAGGGGUCUUAUUUAUUAUGAGUGAGGUAAUGUAUUCGCAGAGUUUUAGAACUAUGUACGUAUGCAUAAUUAAAAGGUUAGUUCCUACGCAUUAUAUGUCUCGAUAUCAUGUAGCAGCACUUCGUACUAAGUUUGAGUAUUCAUUAAAUUAAAAUAUCUUAAUUUCAUGAAAAUAAUAAAACCACACGCUCAUAAUUUGCACAUA